AUAUGUUUCUACUUACUGAAGUGGUUUAACAACCGAAAGCAGCCAGUAAAUGAUUCCAAGUUGCAACUGCCUCCAUGCUUGCCUCGCCUGCCAAUCGUUGGAUCCCUCUUCUUCAUCCCCAACAUCAAAAAGUUACACAUUUACUUCAUGGAGAAAUCCAAAGAGAUCGGAAAUGUUAUUGCGUUUUAUAUGUGCAACAGGUACGUAAUAAUAUUAAAUGGAAGAAAAGUGAUAUAUGAAGCUCUCGUCAAGCAUUCUCUUUGUUUCUCGAGCAGAGAUUCCUUCUAUCUCGGUCAAAUAUUCAACCCUCAACAAAAAGGGAUAGCUCUUCAUCCUUAUAACGAUCAUUUCAAAACUCAUCAUCGGAUCUGUCUCGACAUUUUACGACAAUUUGGAUACGGGCAAGGAAUCAUGGAAUUUAGAAUCAAAACGGAAAUUGAAAACCUCAUCGAAAGAAUAAAAUUAAAGAAUGGAGUGGCUUUUGAUCCAUCAUUUGAACUGACUGCUUCAGUUUCCAACAUUAUAAGCAGCAUCAUUUUUGGAAAACCUUGGAAAAAAGAUGAUCCAGAGUUUCUUGAAGGAAUUAGGCUUACCCACGAAAUAAUUCGUGGAACAACAAAACACGCAACGAUUAGCUUUUUUCCCGUCUUACGUUUUCUACCUUACUACCGAAAAAACUUUCUAAAUUUCUGUUUUAUAUCAGAGUCAUGGAAUCGUUACCUGGGCAAAAUAAUUGACAAAACUAAAAAUUGUCAAGAACUAGAAAGUUUCUGUUCAGCGUAUAUAGAAAAGAUGGAAACAAUGAACAAACUGGAUGAAUUGAGUUGUGCAAAUGAGGUUGACGAAGUGCAAUUAAAACAGACGAUAGCAGACCUCUUCCUCGGGGGUACCGAGACCACCGCUACGACUUUGCUCUGGUUCAUUUAUUUCAUGGCUAAUAAUUUGGGAAUACAGGAACAGAUAAGAAAUGAAUUGGAUAUUGUUGUCGGCACUAAUAAACUUCCAUCUCUUAACGAUAAAUUACAACUUCCAAUUACAGAAGCUACUAUUUUAGAACUCAUGCGAAUAAGAACUCUAGUGCCCCUGGCAGUUCCUCAUUUAACUAUUAAAGAAUCGGUCAUUGAUGGAAACUUUAUACCAUCGAACACCGUGGUUUUUGUUAAUUUAUACAGUGCAAACAUGGAUCCAGAUGUUUGGAAUGAACCAGAAAAGUUUAAAAUUGAAAGAUUCCUGAAUGAAGAUCAAACAAAAGUGGUUAACAGGGAUCAAAUGAUUUCUUUUUCUCUCGGUAAGCGUUCGUGUCUCGGCGAAAUACUGGCCCGACAAGAAUUGCUACUUUACGUUUCUUCACUUAUUCAACAUUUCGAAAUCCUUCCUCCCGAAGGCGAU